UGUGACUAACAAUGGAAGUAGCAUAAUACAUGCUGUGCAUCAUACCAGACUCAGUGUCUAGCAAAAUGUUUGUUGUGAGGGCUUUUAACCACCACAAGACUAUGCUAUAUUCAUUUUAUCUACUCAUUAUAUGUAUUUUAUUAUAUGUUUUCAUAUCCUUGGGAGCAUAUCAUGUGGAUGCAAAAGAAAAAAAAUUGCCUACUGGGUCUGGAACAACAAAAGUGAACCAAGAUAUCUACAAAAGGAAAUCACCUCUAGAAAAUGAACCUCCUGAGGCACAGGCGAUGCAGAUUGCUGAUGACCAACAGCCAAUCAAAGCUCAUCAGGGUCGAGUGAAUAUGCACGUUUUUGAAGACUGUUGCGGCGGAUCCCUUGAUCAACUUAAGAAUAACCUGCUCUAUCCCCUAUUUCCCAAUGUGCGCACUACGGUGAGCAGACUUGCUGUGUCCCCUCAAUCGAGCAAUUAUGGUCUAAGAAUCUUUGGCUACCUUCAUCCUUCAGAAACUGAAGAAUUUAUUUUUGCUGUUGCCUCUGAUGAUAACUCUGAGUUCUGGCUCAGUUUAAACGAAAAUCCAGAAAACCUUCAACUUCUCGCCUAUGUUGGUGAGACAGGAAAUGAAUGGACUGCUCCAGGCGAGUAUUGGAAAUUUGCAUCCCAGAUAUCCAAACCUAUCUUGUUAGUGAAAGACAUGAAAUAUUUUUUUGAAGUUGUUUUAAAACAGAAUGACGGAAUUGAUCAUCUGGAAAUUGCGUGGAGUUUAAACCAUGACAAUGGCACUUUUUCUGUGAUAACCUCUGAGUUUUUAUCAUUAUAUGAAGAUGAAUCUUCCCUACAAAUGGGAAAUAUUGAGCACAUACCUCAAACAAAAGCAAGUUACGAUAGACUCCUUGAGCCGAUUCCCUUGUCACCUCAUCCUGUAGGAGAAAAUAUCGGAGAAGACCCACGGGAUCACAUCUAUAAAUACAAAAUGCUAGAUGAAUCCUACCUGAAAGACGUGUUUCCCCAAUGCCAUUACAAACCAAGUUAUAUACUUGCUGAACAGAUUGGACGAUAUCAAGGUGUAAAUUUGAUUCAUUUUUCUUCAGUGUACCCAAACGACUACACAAGGCAAACUCAUGGUCUCGAUGAUGUGAUGUGCUUUUACACGCAAGAUCCAUCAUUUCAGGCAGAUAAAGGACUUGCUGCGUACCUGACUGAGGUUGAAGACCCUGAUGCACAAAAGAUAGAUACAGGUGAAGGUCCUUUUUGGCAGCGUGUCUAUGACGUGAAACCCCUCAAUGCUGCUUCAAAGCAAACUACCGUUGUGGCAAAUUCCUGCAGAACAGCUGGAAACAUUGUGAUGUCCCAAGAUCAUGCCAUGCACAUCGUUAGAGCCUUUUUGAAAGCAUUGCGUUCAAGAGAAGAGACACGUGAUUACUCCCUGUUGCGUGUGGUGAAUGUUGUAAGGCGUGAAGAUAAGGGAGUGGGCAGUCGUUAUCUGGUGGAACUGGAACUUGUGGGCCCACAUGGUCAGAAAGUUCUUGUUUCACGUUACGUUUAUGCACUAACUGAAGAGUCAUCGGAACAAAUGUUUCUCUGCAGUCCAAAAGCAUUCAACUGGAACCCAUCUGCUACUGUUCAUAUAAUUGUGGCAGUGAAAGAUCAAGCCAGAUGGAUCAUACAGUUUAUCAGGGAAAUGGAAAAAGUGUACAGAGCAACUGGGGACAAAAACUUUAAUGUAAUAAUUAUAGACUACAACAGCUCUGACAUGGAUAUUGAGAAAAGACUCAAAAAGGCAAAACUACCAAGUUACAAGUUUAAGAGGAUGGAGGGUAAUUUUCAAAGAUCUGCUGGCCUUCAAGCUGGAAUCGAUCUUGUUGAAGAUGAGCACAGUAUUUUGUUCCUGUGUGACCUGCACCUCUACUAUCCGGUGAAUAUAAUAAACAGUAUACGAAGACACUGUAUCGAGGGAAAGAUGGUUUAUGCUCCAGUGGUGUUGAGGUUGGAUUGUGGUGCUUCACCAAGAGCCCCAAAUGGUCUUUGGGAGAUUGCUGGUUAUGGUUUGAUGGGAAUCUACAAGUCAGACAUGGACCGUAUUGGUGGCAUGAACACCAGAGAAUUCACAGACAAAUGGGGGGGUGAAGACUGGGAGUUAUUAGACAGAGUGUUAGGCAAUGGGUUAGAGGUGGAACGACUCCACCUGAGAAACUUUUUCCAUCAGUUCCACUCCAAACGUGGAAUGUGGGUAAACAAUAAUCCAGGCUAAAUACGAAUGAAUUU